AUUGUACACUUUUACCGAAACGGAAGUAUAACACAUGAACGACAUGGAGGGAGAAGUUUUCAAAGUACCGAAAUCUGGAACAGCUACAGUCCGUCAACAAACCCAGAAAUUAUCAUACAUACCACCAGCAUGGUCUGGUAUUUGCAAAGAACCUUAUUCGUUAGAAAUCAUUAAGAAUGGGGCUAUAGUUACUGAUUUAAAUUUACUCAAUGAAGAAUUUGUAGUUUUCGGCCGAGAACCUCCAAGUAAAAUAAUUAUGGAGCAUCCGUCGAUAUCAAGGCAUCAUGCUGUAUUACAAUACUGUCCUGAGGAUACCGAUAGGAAUAAGAAAGGAUGGCAUGUGUUCGAUCUUGACUCUACUCACGGAACAUCUCUAAAUAAACGAAAAAUUGAAUCAAGGACAUUUUUACGACUACGAGUUGGCCAUGUUCUUAAAUUCGGCGGAAGUACAAGAUUGCAUAUUUUAAAAGGUCCCGAAGAGGAUAAAGAUGAUGAACUACCGAUGCCAGUUAAGAAACCAAAGUCAGUUGAUGAAGACGAUGAUAAUUGUUUAUGGGGAAUGACUAAUGAUGAAAAGGAUGAAGAAAAUGAAGACAACAAAGUUAAUCCAUUUAGUCAAGAAACUCACGAGCACUUAUAUCAAGAUGAUCCAAAAAAAGCCCUUAAACAUUACUUUGACAAAGAAGGUCUCGAGUUUCCCGAUGUACAAGCGAGUGAAGCCGGUUUUAAUAAAUAUCGUUGUCGAAUGGAGUUACCGGAUGGCCUCUAUGCUGAGGUAACUGUCUCGGGUAGAAAGAAAGAAGCACAAGUUCAGUGUUAUCUAGAGGCUUGUCGAAUUUUAGAUAGAAUUGGGGAAUUAACAAAAUCCACAACAUAUGAAAAAAGAAAAACUCAGAAAAAAAUAUGGGAAGAAAACGAUUACUAUGAUUCUGAUGACGAUGAAUUUUUAGAUAGAACGGGUGAUAUUGAAAAGAAAAGGUUAACUCGAAUGAAAAUAGCAGCCGUUGUUAAAGAUAAAGUCCUUACACACGACGAAAUAACAGCUCAAUUAAAAGAAAAACGUCAACGUGUUGACGAACUCGAGGAAAUUUUGGCAAAAGCAAAGAAAGAUAGUAAUAAAUUGUCUAAAGUUGGUAUGGAUGCUUUAGAAGAUUAUAUGACAAGUCUAAAAGAAGGAAAAUUGGAUACUUCAACGAGACAAGCACAUCGUAGAGAGAUAAUUGAAUUAAAAAAGGAAAUUGGCCAACUGGAAAGAUUAGAAAGUAAAGCGAGGCCGUGUAAGAAUUUGCCAAAAUUGUAUAAUAAAUAUUUUAGUCAUAUAAAACCAAAGAAUAGUCAAGUGAAAACGGCCGAUUUGCAACCAGCAGAGGUAAAGGAAGAAAUCAAACAGGAUGGACAGGAAAAUAAAAAUAUUAGUGAAUCCAAUACCGAAAAAAAUCUUUCAAAGGUUACUUCUGACGUUGAGGAAAACCAGACGAAGAAAGUAUCUAAGAUAGAUGAAAGACCUGCUUCAGAGUUGGUAAAGGAACAAAAGGUUAUUAAUACUCCAACAGAAUCUAAAUCCGAUGAUAAAGCAACAUCAACACCUAUUACUAAUAAAGAGCCAUCGCCCGUUAAACAAGCAAAACAAAUUGACUUAGAAAAAAAAGAAGAUUUAAAAGAAACAGAAUCUUCUCAUAAAGUAAAAGUAUCGUCUAAAUUACUUCCGGAGGAUGAAAAAAUCUUGAAUCAAAAAGAACAGCCACAAAAAGAGAGUAAAAAACCAAAAAAGAAAGCCCAAAAACGAAAAUUCUUUUCCAAGGAUUAUUGUGAAGAUGAUCCAAGCUACGCGACAUGGAUACCACCGGUUAAUCAAUCAGGAGAUGGUAAAACAAGCUUAAACGAAAAAUUAGGCUAUUAA